CUUUUUCCUCUUGUUUAACAAACUAUAUUGAAUCAAUAUGGCUAGAACUAAGCAAACAGCAAGAAAGUCCACUGGUGGUAAGGCACCAAGAAAGCAGUUGGCCUCCAAGGCCGCUAGAAAGUCCGCUCCAGUUUCUGGAGGUGUUAAGAAGCCUCACAGAUAUAAGCCUGGUACCGUUGCCUUGAGAGAAAUCAGAAGAUUCCAAAAAUCUACUGAACUUUUGAUCAGAAAGUUACCUUUCCAAAGAUUGGUUAGAGAAAUUGCUCAAGAUUUCAAGUCUGAUUUGAGAUUCCAAUCCUCUGCUAUUGGAGCUCUUCAAGAAGCCGUUGAAGCUUACUUGGUUUCUCUUUUCGAAGACACCAACUUGUGUGCCAUUCACGCUAAGAGAGUUACCAUCCAAAAGAAGGAUAUUCAAUUAGCUAGAAGAUUAAGAGGUGAAAGAUCUUAGGGAGGUUUUUCCCAGUAUUGACUUUUUGAUUCUUUUCUCUUUGUCCUCGCGAGGGCUCUUUUUUGGUGACUAUGUUUUUUAGGUAAAUUUUUAUACUCAAUUUGAUGUUUAUAUGUGAUAAGGA